AUGUUUCGUGUCUUCUUUCUCAUUACUGCGUUCGUUGUUACUACUGCCAAUGCCCAGAAUCAAACCUCAGCCUCGCAGCCUCUAGGCAAAGUCGGUUGGGAGCCUGGCCCGACUCGACGUGGCACUUUGACACUCGUGUGGAGUUGUCUAGCCACUAUCAUCACUUGUACUUGGUCGAUUUUGCACUUGAAUGUCCCAGCUCGCGGAGAUAGUGCUUGGACGAAGAGGCUUCGGAAGCUGAAAUGGAUGUGUGUCACGAUCCUGUUUCCUGAAUUCAUCUUUGCGAAAGCCGUUUGCGAGCUUAAGGAUGCAGUCGAUAACACCUUUGAAAUGAAACGUCACGAGAUAGAGCUGAAUUGGUAUGUUGAAUUUGGUCGAGCAUGUCGAGUCUGGUAUCGAAUCUUUCACCUCGGCAAUCCUGGGAGAGGAGGAACAAUGAUGGGGAAUGGACCUCAGUGGACUUUUUGGACACCUGUUCAUUCCUACUUUGCAAACAUGGGUGGCUUUGAUGAUGCUAGCGUGAGCACUAUUGACUCUCUAAUCACAACAUCCGGAUUACUCGCUCGUUGCCGAGGAGAACCAAGCAAGAGCAACCUAUUCCCAUCAAAGGCUGAUAUUGAAGACAAAGGCAAGGCUGAUCUUCUGGUAAAGCUGCUUGCAAUAUGCCAGAUAUUGUGGCUCGUUCUCUGUGUAAUCGUUCGACGUACAACACGCCUGCCUGUAAGCCCACUAGAGAUAGCCGCCGUUGCUUUCUCUACGAUUGCUAUUCUUACAUACAUAACAAAUUUGUGGAAACCCAAGGACGUCGACGUGCCUAUCAAGCUAUCAAUUCCGAACCAAUAUGGGAGAGUCAGUACAGAUAGAACUGCGCUUAGCACAGCGAGGCACACUUUAAUACCAUUCUUCCCAUUCCUUGUCAAACCAUCGGGAAUAAGAUUUCCAUCAACUCCUCAGUCUCAUAAUUCCUUGGCAGUGUGGCGUGCGUCCAGGGCUCGCAUAUCCAAUGACUCAAUUCGGAAAGAAGGCAGCAUGGGCAUGAUCUCAAUAAUUACUGCAAUGUCAGCGUUUGUAUUUGGCAGUCUACAUUGUGUAGCAUGGUCAUUCGAAUUCCCAUCUCGAGCCGAAAUUUUAAUUUGGCGUGUUGGGGGUGUUGCAUCAGCCACGCUACCGUGUGUGGCCUUACUU